CCUUCCUUUGGGUGCCACUGCAGGGCUCGGGGGCGGUCGUGGUGGCAGCAGCAGGAUGAGCAGCAGGAUGAGCGGGGCCAACGCGGGUGGGCGCAGCCGGUGGGCGCUGGCGGCCGCCUCCUCGCCCUCCGAGGGGCGCCCCUUCCCCGGCCAAGGCUCCGGCUCUCCCGGGCAGGGCGAAGGGCCGCCGCCGGACCCCCCAGCGCAGGAGCCUCCAAGCAUAUACACUGUAAUACCACCGAAUCUCUCAAGAAGGAAUCAGUUACAGCGAAUUGCUAAUAAAGAACUGGAAGAACUAGAGAAGUGGAAGGAACAGCACAGGCCAGGAGUGAUCUGUUUGACCCCCCAGAUGCUGGGGGGGGCAGCAUCCGAGGCUGACGUGAGGCGAAAACAGCAAUUGGAGCACAGCCAAUCUAAAUACCAGCAAAAGUUGAAAAGAGAACAAUACGAGAGGGUGAAGAGAGAAGCUGAAGAGGCAGAACUUUUGAAGAAGAAAGCAGUUCAGAGAGAGAAAGUAAGACAGUCUUAGUCAAGCUGUAAAUAAGCUUCUUUUCUUGAACUGUUGUGCAAAUGUGUAAGCACGUUUGCUUGUGUCAUG